UUAUUGUACAGCAGUGUAGUUUUGAACUCUGAGCAUUCCACGCGCGUAUAAUGUUGAAGAUUUUAAUAUUUGUUGGCCUCGUAGCCGGCGCACCGACCAACAUAGACUACAGUCCGAUAAAUCAAUUCACCUUGAAGCUCUUGGACAAUACGUUCACAUAUCAAGAGAGUAUAGGCAAAAGCAAUGUCGCUAUAUCCCCGUUAUCCGUUUGGAGUAUAUUUUCAUUGCUCGCUGAAGGCUCCACGGGAGAAACAUUCGCUGAACUGAUGAGAGAACUGAGGCUUCCUAGCGACCUUCGAGCGACGCAGGCCUUGCACGCCGGUGUAGCUGGUUUAAUUAAGAGCAAAGAUUCGGAUGUCAUAUUGAAUGGAAAGACAGCUAUGUUCACGGAUUGCGACAUCAAAGUUCACCAGGAGUUCUGCGAGUCCGCUUUAUAUUAUGGUGCUGAUGUGUACUCCGUAGAUCCAAGUAACACAACCAAGCUAGCAGACGAUAUUAAUUAUUAUAUCUGUGUUGCGACUGAGGGGAAGAUACGAGAGGCGGUUAGACCCGAACUAUUGGAGAGCUUGAAGCUAGUUUUGGUCGACGCCUUGUAUUUCAAAGCCAGUUGGACUCACCCAUUCGAUCGUACCCAGACUAAGGUAGAAGAUUUCUAUAAUUUCCAAGGGAAAACGAUAGGUUCAGUGAACAUGAUGUACCAUAAAGCACCACAUAACUUCGGCGACGCUAAUUCGAUCGAAGCCCAAGUAUUGGAAAUGACUUAUGGUAAAAACGAGAAAUUCUCAAUGUUAAUCCUGCUACCGUUCGAUGGAACGUCUAUAAAGAAGGUUUUGGCGAAUCUCGUCACACAACCUCUGGAUUGGAUGAUGGAAUACAGAGUAACUGACGAAUUUCCUGAAAUUGACUGCUAUAUACCCAGAUUCAAAAUAUCAUCACAGAUAGACUUAAUACGGCCGCUGCAAUACAGUGGCGUUACGAGUAUAUUUGAUCCAGAAAAGGCUGAAUUACCAGGAGUGUCUGACAGUCCAUUAUACGUAUCGAAGACCAUACAAACAGUGGAAAUAGAAGUUACUGAAGAAGGUACAGUAGCAGCGGCGUCUACGGUAGUAGGUUUAGAAGACAGGAUAUUAGGGGCAAGGUUCGAAGCCAACAAGGAGUUCGCAUAUCUCAUCACAGAACGAGAUUCAGGUCUAAUAUUACUGGCCGGCGUGUAUACAAAACCGUCUGUUGUGUGAGUGAUUAAAAAAAUUAAAACCA